GCGACGCAGUGAGAGAGGCGAUACACUUUACUCUGUGCAUAAAUAGCCUGCUGGUCACUUGACACUUAUCGCGGUGAGAUAUGGCAAGUGGCACCUCACAGCAAAGUGGCUGGUGAUCUCAAAGUAACGGCCAGGGCUGGUGGGCAUUGCAGGGCUUGGUGUGGCUCAAACUUAUGCACUGACAAGGAAUAAAUUCGCCACACAAAUCUCUGAAUACCUUCUUAAAUUUGUUGCCCUGCGUCAUACAUCUUAGUUCCCAAUUGUGAGCUCGGUGGACAAGACUUGUCUUGAGGAAUGAGGAUGCUGAAGCUGCAUGCACAAACGUUGCUCAAACGACACGAUACAUUCCUCAUAGCUGGGAAACGAGGGAGAGAGGUGGUGCAGGUGGUGAGGCAUUUGAGUAAUGUGAGCGCUGACGUUCUUGUGGAGGAGUCGGCCAAGCCCUUCACAGCCAUACCAGGCCCUCCACGGCUGCCUGUCCUGGGAACCUUGUUGCCUUACAAAGUUGGAUUGAAGAAACUGUCUGAGUACCACCAUGAGGUGUGCAGGCUGCACCAGCAGUAUGGGCCUGUUGUGAGGGAGGUGUUUGGUUCACAGACACUUGUCCACGUAUUUGACCCGGCUGACAUUAAGACUGUGUAUGACAAUGAUGGCAAGAUGCCCCAUGUUCCACCAUUACAGGAAACUUCUCAGUUUUAUCGGAAAAAGAAAAGCAUCUCUCCUGGUUUAGGAAAUAUAAAUGGUGAGGAGUGGUACCGGCUGCGCCACGCGGUGCAGCAGAUGAUGCUGCGGCCACGAGAGACAAGUUAUUACUACCCCAUCCAGGAUGAGGUGGCCUGCAGGGCAGUGGAUAAGUUGGAAGCUGAAUUAGAUGACCAAGGCUUUGUUCGUAAUCUCGACUUUCUUAUUCCAAAAUGGAUUAUGGAAUCUGCAGGAAUGUGUUGUUUUGAAAAGUCCAUUGGAUGCCUGAAUGGAGGUGCAGGUGAAGAUUGGUCUCAGAGAUUAGUGGAAACAAACCUCAAGAUUUUCCAGCUAUCGGCAGAGAUGAAGUUUUCACUGCGCUUGUAUCGCUUCUUUAAAUCUCCAAAGUACAGGAGCUUGCUCAGCCUUGAAGAUUAUUUCUAUGGAUCAACCUUCAAGUUCAUCAAUGAUGUAGUAGAGGAACUCAAAGCACUAGUAGCUCAGAAUAAGUUACAAGAAGGACAGUAUAACUUCCUUACUUAUCUCCUGUCUCGUAAGGAACUGUCUCACAAAGAUGUUCUGGCCAUCACUUUCUCACUCUUCACUGACGGCCUCUCCACAACUGCACCAACAUUUCUUGGCAACUUGCACUGUUUGGCACUUAAUCAAGAUGUGCAGGAGACACUGUACCAAGAGAUUAAUAAGACUCACAUAGAUCCAGAUGCUCCUAUAACUCUUGGUGUCAUCAACAAGAUGCGCUAUCUGAAGGCUGUUGUUAAAGAAGUGUUCAGGUUCUAUCCUGUUGGGGAGGCAGUGCAACGCUUUUCACAGAGAGACAUGGUUCUUGGAGGCUAUCAUAUCCCAGCUUGGACAUACCUAGAAUUGAAUCCCUAUGUGUGGUUGCAAAGUAAGGAGCACUUCGUGGAGCCAGAAAAGUUUAUGCCCGAGCGUUGGCUCCGGGACACAGCCGGUACCUCCACCAUCAACCCUUAUGUUCUCAACCCCUUCAGCAUGGGCAUCCGCAUGUGUGCAGGUCGACGGUUUGCAGAACAAGAUAUCUAUAUUGGUCUGUGUCGCUUGCUCCUCAAGUUUCGUGUGGAAGCCACCAGUAAUGAUCCUCCUGAACAGGAGUGGGCAGUGCUGCUGAAGCCAAAGACUCCCCUACCUGUGAAGUUUGUCAAAAGAGAAUGAAAGGAAGGUAGUGACUAGAGAAUAUACCAGGGUAACAAAGAAGAAUGCAGGUAUUUAACUCUGGGAACAAUAGGGUGAAAGUGUGUAUGCUAGUCCCUUACCAUUUCAAUUAGUGGUAUUUCCAUUUACUUCAUAAAUCACUAAUUAUAAUUUAAUUGAAAUAUCUUUGACUUGCAUUAUAACAACCUAUUUCUUGCACAUGCUGGCCAUUAAAAGAAAUAAAGGUUAAUUUUUCUGAAAUUUUCAAAAUUUAUUGGGUGAAUUUUGAACUACUAGAUGUGUAUUUUAGCAGUAAUAUCUGUAGUUUUACUUUUACUUAAAACUAUAUAUUUUCUAUUUUUGUUGUAUUAACAGCUUAUUUUUAAUUUGCUUUUGACUUUAAAGCUUAUUAGUAUCUGAAUAUCAUAACUAACAUCUCAUGCUGUGAUGAGGUGUGUGACACACAAUGAAUGUGACACUCCUCUGCCAGCCAUGUCCAUACUUACUGUGGUGACUUCCACCUUGAGGUGCAGUGAGGCAAGUGGCCUUACUUGCAUGUACCUUGGAACUGUUGAAAACCCAUUGGUGGGGAAGUGGUGGUUCACUUUAAUAAUAAGUGCUGAUUGGUUGGCGCCUUUCUCAGGUGUUUACUUUUCUUGAAGGUAAAAUAGAAGGGUAGGAGAUUAGGAUAGUGGCAGUUUGUUUCAUCAUAAGAAAUGCAGGUAACAGAAGAAACCUUCAGAACCAUUUAUAGUAGAACCAGCUCACAGAACCACUUACAAUAACACAAUGCAAUGGAAAGAUUGAAAGUAGCGUUGCUUCUAAUGUUCUGUACAGUAGAUAAACUUUUGAAGAAUAUGUUCUGAAGAAUGAAGAAGGAUGAUGACAGAGAGGAACACAGAUGGAUAAAUGAAGAGAUAAAAAGGAAAUACAAGAGAGAGAGAGAGAGAGAGAGAGAGAGAGAGAGAGAGAGAGAGAGAGAGAGAGAGAGAGAGAGAGAGAGAGAGUAUGGAGAAAAUUGUAUUUAGAAUAAUAGUUAAAGGUACAUAUAUUAAUAAGAAAGGAAAUAUAUAAACAUGGAGAAGAUAAGAAGGGAGAUGAAAGAAAAUCAGUAUGGGAGAGGCAGGAGUAGAUAAAAAUGUCAAAAGAAGAAUUUGUCAAAAAAUUAAAUAAAAUAAGCUUAUAUGGAUAGGAUGGCAAAGUUGGAGGAACAUUAAUUAAAAGAGGAAUAAGCUCUUAUAACUAUUAGUACAAUUACUUCAGUGUACUUAACUGUAGCAAUGUGACAGUAAAUACAUUUAGGUUGUAUUGCACAGAUUUGAAAGAGGAACGCUGCCAGCACUGCCACACACUUACGGUAAUGUUGUGGAGUUGGUAGACACGUUGGUUCUCUGGCGUGGCUGUUGUGUCCGUUGUAUCUGUUGUCCAUCCACAUGUGAAUUUCAUGCUGCAGCUAAACAAAGUCUUAAAAUGUACUUGUACGUAGGACAUUUUCCACGUAGAGUAAUCUGUAUUUUCAACUUCAGUAAUAUCUGCAGAAACUUGAUAUGUAGAUCUUGAUAUGGUGCCAAAUGCCUGCUGUACAUUGCCCCUUGUCAGAUUGUGAUAAAUAAGGAACUCACACUUACUUAUAUUAUAUACAUAUGCUUAUAGAAGUCAUGAAAAUAUAUAUUUUGAUAACCA